UGAACGUAGAGCGGCAGCCAAUUGAAUGUUCCCGUCACUAGCAGGGCAGUGAGGCCAGCAUAGUUACAGCUUCCUGAUCUGGCGGCCAUUGAGUCAUCUGGAACACAAAUAGAAUAGAAUGGCCAAGGUAUCGGAUCUAUAUGAUGUGACCUGGGAAGACAUGCGAGAUAAGAUGAGAAACUGGAGAGAAGAGAACUAUCGUAACAGUGAGCAAAUCAUUGAAGUCGGUGAAGAGUUAAUAAACGAACAUGCUUCCAAGCUUGGAGAUGAUAUUUGGAUAGUAUAUGAGCAGGUGAUGAUCGCCUCUUUGGAUCUCUGUCGGGAUGACAUAGCACUGUCUUGUCUUCAAGAGCUGCGCAGACAAUUUCCUGGGAGUCACAGGGUAAAGAGACUAACUGGCAUGAGAUUCGAAGCUAUGGAAAGGUAUGAUGAUGCUCUCCAGGUAUAUGACAGAAUAUUACAAGAAGAUCCAACUAACACAGCAACAAGAAAGCGAAAGAUUGCCAUUCGUAAAGCUCAGGGGAGAAAUGCUGAAGCCAUCAGAGAAUUGAAUGAGUAUCUUGAACAAUUUGUUGGUGACCAAGAAGCAUGGCAUGAACUUACAGAACUUUACAUCAAUGAACAUGACUAUGCUAAAGCUGCUUUUUGCUUGGAAGAACUCAUAAUGACUAAUCCGCAUAAUCACCUCUAUUGCCAACAGUUUGCAGAAGUUAAAUACACUCAAGGUGGGCUUGAAAAUCUUGAAUUGGCUAGAAAAUAUUUUUCUCAAGCUUUGAAACUGAACAAUCGAAAUAUGAGAGCUUUGUUUGGGCUUUACAUGUCAUCAAGUCACAUUGCUUCCAAUCCUAAAGCCAGUGCGAAAAUGAAGAAGGACAACACAAAGUACGCCUCAUGGGCUGCCAAUCAAAUAAACAGAGCAUACCAGUUUGCAGGUCGCAGUAUGAAAGAGAAUACAUAUUCCCUAAAGGCUGUUGAAGAUAUGCUGGAAACCUUGCAGAUUACACAGUCUUAACUUUUACCACACUAUAUCAUUGCUGCAUCUAAACAUCUAAUUGUGUAUUUCAUCAAAUGUCUCUGUAGUUUCAAGUUAACUUGAGAAAGAUUGUUAUAAACUUCCAUCUUGUGUAAUAAUGGCCAAUGUAUCUCUUUUCAGAUUUUUUUUUAAUUUGCAUUUUGAAUGAUUCCAUUGUACAUUUUUUGACUGACCUCUCCAACAUAUUUUUUUCAGAACUAAAUAUUAUUUGUGCAUAGUAAAAUCAAUGUACAGUCAUAUUUUAGUAUGCUGCGUGUUUCCUCUAAAUAAAAGGAUUAUUUUUCUUCAUUGGCUGCAGCUUUAUAAGUUAGAUUUACCUAUUGGGGGAUCAAUAUGGUAUCUAUUACUGCCUUGAGAAAUUAAAAAAAUAUAUAUUUAACCAGUCUUCUUUACUAGAAACUGAUCACUGCUUAAAGGGACAUUCUACACUAGAUUUUUCUAAGCAUAUAAAUGUUUUGUAGCUGAUCCAUUUAUACAGCCAUCUGUAACAAUGUAUAGUUUUGCUUAUUUUUUAAUAACAUUGUGCUGAUUUCCAGACUCCUAGCCAAAGCCCAAAGUGUCAGAGGUAGACCCAGAUCUACAGACUCCUGCUGCUCCUGUUUGUCUAAAGCGUCUUUUCAGUAGGGGGGGGGGGGGGGGGGAGUGUCUGCUCUUCCUGAUUUCCCAGCCCCUCUCACUGGGUGUCCCAGCCUAACCAUCAACAGUGCUAAACUGGGAACUUCUAAGUUUUAGAUCAGUAUAUGUGCAUAUCCUUCGUUAUAGUGUUGUCAAUUACAUGCAGUUACGACAAUUGGUUUAAUUGUAAAAGAAAAAUGUAUAUUUUAUCUUUUUAGUUUAUUAUUUUAACAGGGAUAUUUUAAAAAGAUUAGUAAAAAAUAUUUCACUGCCCCUUUUUUCUUCUGCUACAAGAGUUUUCAGAAAGCUUGGAAACAAAUUUACGAACGCUUUCACAUUGAUGCUAGAGAAACUAUAAGAGACAGCUUCUGCAGCAUUUCUCUCUGGGAGGUUCAGUUACUUUUAACAUCAAGUUAAUUUACCGGGAAUGUCACUGGCCAGCACAAGUUCUUAGGAAAGGAAUCCUAAAAGUGCUUAGUAAAUCAGACAACAGAGAUAAGAAAAAUGUAUGCUUUUAAUAUUUACUUACAGUGAAUAAAGCUUUUCGGAUUAAGACAAUGAAUUAUUUAUUAUAAUAUGACUAUCUGCUUUAAUGCCCAGUUUAAUAAUUGUAAAAAUAAAUAAAAAUCUUUACAAAUUA